CGGAACAUCCCUUCUCAAAAUAAAUCCAUGGACUGGACUGAACUGAACUGAACCAAAAGAAUUUUCUUUUUCUUUUCACGAAAGAAAAAGAAAAAAAAAAGAAAAAAAGAAAAAGAAAGGCGGGACUGUUUAUCCGACCCGGCCUGACGGUGAUAGAUGAUUAGUCGAAGAAACUACUCCAGUAUCGAGAGCCAAACGACGUCGAAGCAAGAGAAAUGAUACAUUGCUGUCUUUAAAACGAUAAAACCCCAAACAAAUCCAUCCGUUAACGAAAGCGUAACAUCUCUCCCGCCAUGAACACACUUUCCAUUCUCCAUUCUUCUCUUUCAAUAUCAUCACUUCCCUACCACUCGAGAACCCUAGGCUUCUGCUCCCCUAAACCCCUCCACUUUUCACCUUCACAUUUUUCAUUUCAAUUUAAACUCUCUUUCAAAUCCCCUACCUCACCUCUUCCCAUCGAUUCCCACCUGUCCGAUGCCGAAGACGACGACGACGACGACGACGACGAUGAAGAAGCUGCCGAUGAAUAUGAUUACUUCUCCGGCGAAAGUUCCGUCGAAGAAAUCGAAGAAAAUGAAACUGAACUUAUAUCCGUAACUACUGAAGAUUUAACUUGGCGUAAUGAGGAAUCAAAGAAGCAAAGAGUUGAUAAGAUAGUUAAUGAAGUUAAACAGUUUGGAAAUGAUUUUAUUGAUGUUCACGAGCUGGCUUCUAUUUAUGAUUUUCGCAUCGACAAAUUUCAGCGUUUGGCUAUAGAAGCGUUCUUGAAAGGAUGCUCGGUAGUGGUAUCGGCGCCGACAAGUAGUGGAAAGACAUUAAUAGCUGAAGCCGCAGCAGUUGCGACCGUGGCACGAGGACGGAGGAUUUUUUAUACUACUCCACUCAAGGCCUUGUCCAAUCAGAAGUUCCGUGAUUUUCGAGAGACGUUUGGCGAUGAAAAUGUUGGUCUUCUCACUGGAGAUUCUGCUGUGAAUAAAGAUGCUCAAGUUUUGAUUAUGACUACAGAGAUUUUGCGCAACAUGUUGUAUCAAAGCAUUGGGAUGGUUUCCUCUGGGAGUGGACUCUUUCAUGUUGAUGUGAUUGUUCUGGAUGAAGUUCAUUUUCUAAGCGAUAUCUCUCGUGGUACAGUGUGGGAGGAGAUUGUUAUUUAUUGUCCAAAAAAGGUUCAACUUAUAUGUCUGUCAGCAACAGUAAAGAAUCCAGAGGAGCUAGCUGGCUGGAUUAAUGAGGUUCAUGGUAAAACUGAAUUGGUGACAUCAUCAAAGCGUCCAGUUCCCUUGACUUGGCACUUCUCCACAAAGACCUCUUUGUUCCCUCUGCUUGAUGAGAAGGGAAAGCAUAUGAAUAGGAAGCUGUCACUUAAUUAUUUGCAACUUUCUGCUUCAGGAGUUAAGUCUUACAAAGACGAUGGGCCCAGAAGAAGGAAUUCAAGAAAACGUGGGAGUAACAUGGGAAUUAACAGUAUUGCUAGCAUGUCUGGAGAACCUCUGUCUAAGAAUGACAUUGGCAGAAUCCGCCGUUCACUGGUGCCUCAAGUAGUUGAUACACUGACACAGCUUAAGGUAAGGGAUAUGCUGCCAGCAAUUUGGUUUAUCUUUAAUAGGAGAGGAUGUGAUGCAGCCAUGCAGUACCUUGAAGGUUGCAAACUCUUAGAUGAAUGUGAGACGAGUGAGGUUGAACUAGCUUUGAAACGGUUCAGCAUUCAAAAUCCUGAUGCUGUCAGGGAGACUGCUGUCAAAGGGCUUUUAAAAGGGGUUGCUGCACACCAUGCAGGCUGCCUCCCCCUGUGGAAAUCAUUUAUUGAAGAACUGUUUCAAAGAGGACUUAUUAAAGUUGUCUUUGCUACAGAAACUCUUGCUGCUGGAAUCAACAUGCCUGCUAGGACAGCUGUUAUAUCAUCUCUCAGCAAGAGAAGUAGUAGUGGACGUAUCCAAUUAAGCCCAAAUGAAUUGCUUCAAAUGGCUGGACGAGCAGGUCGUAGAGGCAUUGAUGAAAGGGGCCAUGUUGUAUUGGUUCAGACUCCUAAUGAAGAUGCUGAGGAGUGCUGCAAGCUUCUGUUUGCUGGGCUAAAACCUCUUGUAUCUCAAUUUACAGCUUCAUAUGGUAUGGUGCUGAAUCUCCUUGCUGGUGCAAAAGUCACGCAUAUAUCAAAUGAAUCAGAUAAUAUAAAAGUUCUUCAGGCUGGAAGAACUUUGGAAGAAGCAAGAAAAUUAGUUGAGCAAAGUUUUGGGACCUAUAUUGGUAGCAAUGUGAUGCUUGCUUCAAGAGAGGAGCUUGCUAGAACACAGGAAGAGAUUGAAAAAUUAAUGUCAGAAAUCAGUGAUGAUGCUAUAGAUAGAAAAAGCAGGCAGACCCUAUCUGAGGAGCCAUAUAAGGAGAUCGCAGAUCUGCAGGAACAACUGAGAGAAGAAAAACGCCUUCGAACUGAACUGCGAAGAAUAAUGGAAGUGAAGAGACUGAGUGCUCUCAAGCUUCUAUUUGAGGAGUUGGGAAAUGAUCACUUGCCCUUUUUGUGCAUACAAUACAAAGACUCUGAGGGAGUAGAACACUCUGUCCCUGUUGUUUAUAUGGGGAAGGCUGACUCUACUGAUAGUUCGAAACUUAAAAACAUGGUUUCUACAUCUGAUUCAUUUGCAACAAAUGCUGUAAUAGUCCAGUCAAUUGCUAGUGAAGUGGAAACUGUGGAAGAUCUCGUACCAUGUUACUAUGUGGCUCUUGGUUCAGAUAAUUCUUGGUAUCUUUUUACAGAGAAAUGGGUUAAAACUAUUUAUAGGACAGGCUUUCCCAAUGUGGCUUUGGCUCAAGGGGACGCUGUACCUCGUGAAGUUAUGCGAAAGCUACUUGACAAGGAAGAGAAGCAGUGGGAAAAGCUCGCCGAUUCUGAACUUGGUGGCUUAUGGUAUAUGGAAGGUUCCUUAGAGACAUGGUCCUGGAGUUUAAAUGUGCCAGUUCUAAAUAGCCUUUCUGAAAAUGAUGAGGUAUUGCACGGGUCACAAGCCUAUCAUGAUGCUGUCGAGCAUUACAAAGGACAAAGAACCAAAGUUGCACGUUUAAAGAAAAAGAUAGCACGUACAGAGGGCUUUAGAGAAUAUAAAAAGAUCUUAGAUUGGAAGAGUUUUACUGAAGACAAGAUUAAACGCCUGAAGGCUAGAUCAAACCGUUUGAUUAAUCGAAUAGAGGAAAUUGAACCAUCAGGUUGGAAGGAAUUUUUGAAGAUCAGCAAUGUUGUACAUGAGAUUAGGGCAUUGGACAUCAAUACACAGGUAAUAUUUCCGCUUGGUGAGACAGCGGCUGCAAUUCGAGGAGAAAAUGAACUCUGGCUUGCAAUGGUUCUACGAAGCAAAAUCUUAUUGGAUUUAAAACCUGCACAACUUGCUGCGGUAUGUGCAAGUGUAGUUUCUGAAGGGAUCAAAGUUCGAGCAUGGGAAAAUAAUAGCUACAUUUAUGAACCUUCUUCUGCGGUGUUCAAUAUUAUUGGCAAAUUGGAAGAGCAAAGAAGCUCUCUUUUGCAACUUCAAGAAAAACAUGGUGUGGAAAUAUCCUGUUAUUUGGAUAGCCAGUUUUCAGGUAUGGUUGAAGCCUGGGCUUCAGGCCUAAGUUGGAAGGAAAUGAUGAUGGAUUGUGCGAUGGAUGAUGGAGAUCUAGCUCGACUAAUAAGACGAACAAUAGACCUACUGGCUCAGAUCCCAAAAUUGCCCGACAUUGACCCAGCGUUACAAAGCAAUGCAAAGACUGCAUAUGAUAUCAUGGACCGUCCACCGAUAAGCGAAUUAUCUGGAUAAAUUUUUUACAGAUGGUUCAGAGUUUCGAGAACUCAAAACAUUUGUUAAAUGUGUAUCCAUUUAAUUCAAUCAAAAAGGUUGUGCCCUAAACUGGGUUUGCCAAUAUGAUUAUAUUGAAAUCACAAUGUACAACUUCAUUUGACAAAUUCGUGACACGAACAAGGAUGCAUGUAUAGAAUUCUAGAGCUGCCAGGCUGCCGCCUUUAAUGCUAUGUGGUUCUCUCAGGUCUCUUCUAUUA